AUGUCUCCAUUCUUCCAAUUGAUGGUUGUAUUCACAAUUGUUGCAUACUGCAGUUCCUACGUUGUAGUCGUUGAUCCAUUCGAAAGAAUAGAAGAGGCAAAUGCGGCGGCUUCUGCGUCGCAAGAUCCGCAGAUUCCGGUCGUCGCACCCUCGGAUCCUAUUCUGCUUCGGAAGAGAAAGUCGAUUCUAGUGGGACUCGCGGAGCACACCGAAGAAGUCUGCAAGACCAGAAUUCGACAAAACCAUCGGCCACAAUAUGGACAUAUUGCCAACGGAAGCCGUGUGGAGAUUCAACAGGAUGAGGAAAGUUCCCUUGAAGCCACCUUUGUUGAAUGCCUUGGAGAGAACAGACCACCAUGCCACGGAGUAGAUCAUGAUUUGUUCAUCUCGGAGUGCGUUACGGUUUACGAGCACAGACCAGCCAACGUUCGAGUUGUCAAAUCGGGAGGUGCAUUCUUUGCAGCCACUGUUCGGGUUCCAAUCCUCUGCGAAUGCCGUCUCCGCCGUCAAUUCAAAGACUUUGACAAGAGGAAAUAA